CAAAUAUCCACCACCCGUGAGAGGCCAACUGUGUCCGGUGACAAAAUAAACAGCUUACGGCUGCUUACAGAUAAUUAAAGGAGGGGGUCGGAUCCAUUGUUACCGAACGAAGAGUCACCGGGGUUUCACCGAAACUACAGACUUCCUUUUCAACUAACACCACCUCCAAGAUGACUGCUGCCGUGAGAGAAUCUGCCAAAGUGCCUAUCCGAGGUGCUGGCGAUGGCAUGGAAACUGAAAAACCCCUGGCCGUUCUGGAGGUGAACACAGAUCUGCUGCUUCCAGGUCCGUCUGCAGUUCCCCUCCUGAAAGUGGCAAGCCCAAAACACAGCCCCACAUCUACCAAUCCUGCUCCCCCUGCUGCCCGCCAGCCUCUCGGGGUGCUCCAUCUGGGCAAGGUGAGUCGAGAGGCCUGCACAGAGGUGGAGGCUGUGAGGAUCAUUGUCCCACGUGCUGCUAUUAGCCGAAGCAGCCGUGCAGGACCUGCUGAGGGGAAAGGAGAGGCUGGGCAACCGGCUGAGGAGCAAAGCUCUCCUCCGCUGCCUCUGGUGGAGGACUGGAGAGGACAGAUGGAGAAGCUGCAGAACUCUGAACGCAGGCUGCUGCAGGACAAGGAAGGCCUUUCCAAUCAGCUCCGUGUGCAGACAGAGGUGAACCGUGAGCUAAAGAAACUGCUGGUGGCAUCGGUGGGCGAUGACCUUCAGUACCACUUUGAGCGUAUGGCACGGGAGAAGAACCAGCUGAUUCUGGAGAAUGAGGCUCUAGGCCGGAGUCUGGCGCACACAGCGGAGCAGCUGGAGCGAAUGAGUAUCCAGUGUGAUGUUUGGAGGAGCAAGUUCCUGGCCAGCAGAGUCAUGGCAGAGGAGCUGACGAUGGCCAGAACAGCUCUGCAGAGACAGACCAGAGAGGCUCAAGGAGCAAUUCAAGAUCUGCUGUUAGAAAGAGAAGAGUUCUCCAGGGACAUGGUGCUCACUCACAGGUCUCUGGAGCAGCUCCUGGUGUCCCUUCAGUGGGGCAGACAGCAGACGUACUACCCCAGUGCACAGCCCCUCAGCACAGGAGAGCUGGCAGCAGCCAAUCAUAAGCUAGCAGACGCCAUCAACUCCCACCUGCUGGGCAACACCAGCAGCAGCAGCAACAGCAGUGGUGGUAUGAUGAAGGGUAGCAGUGCAACAGCCGAGCAGCUCUGCAGCACACCGGCUGAGAAGAUGGCAGAGAAGGUGCUAAAGAUUUUAGAUCCAAUUUCUUGUUCAGAAAGCAAGACAGAGCCUCCACUCAGUGACUGCACCCCCUCAAACUUCCUUGGCAAUAAGAAGAGCAUCGGCAGGUUUCACCCAUAUACCCGCUAUGAGAACAUUACUUUUAACUGCUGCGAGCGCUGCACUGGAGACAUCCUGGUGCUGUAGAGGUCAAAGAGCGGCAAAAUGACCCUGUCUGACACCGAUGCAGCAUAAGAGCUUAUUUCAAAUGACUGUGGUCUGAACAGGAGUGUACUCUGGAGGAAGUUGCUGCUCUGUGUUAAGUAACUUCAGCUGCUCAAGCAGACAUUUGGUGUAUCAGUAUGAACCUUUUGCUACAUAUUCUAGCAGAUAGUUGGAUUUUCACAAUUUCACAUAAUGGUUUUCAAUUUUGAUCAACCUGCUGUAGAUGUGAAAGUGAUGAAAACAGAAUGCAUGUGUGUUUGUAGCCUGGUUUAAACCAUGGUUAUGUGCUAUUUAUUGCUGGGAUGUGAGGACAAGAUGAGUCAGUGUUACACUAUUUGGGAGUCUGCUUAUUCAAACUUGAACAUCAGGCCUCCUAGUGUGUCUUAAGUUUUAUUUACAUAUUCAUAUAUCCAGAUGUCAAUGUGCAAACAAUAGACCAAACAGGCUGUGAGUAAUGUACAAGUGUGAGCCUGAAGCCUGACAGCAGCCUGUUGUGGAAAGACCCUCCAGAAGGUAAUGAGCUAAUUACACUGUCACAAGUGUACUAUGACUGUACAAUAACAAAGAUAAGUGAGGAUGCCUUGGAUACUGCACAGGUCUCUCCAGUUUCUCUGUAUGAUGGUGCUAUCAUAUUUUUAAAAAGACUGUAUUAAAAUAUUUUGUGUAUUUCAUGCUACAAAGAUAUUAAAACAGACAAUGAAGUGGUUUGACGGUACUACAGUAGUAGACCAUUAUUGUGCAGCGGUAUUGUUCAGAGAAAACCCUGAUUAUUAUCAAGUGCCCACUCACCUACACAAUAAUUUGCAAAUGAUUUGACUUUGUUGUGUUUCAAAGAAACUUUACAUUUUUCUAAAGAUUUCCAGAAAGUAAGACGUUUUAUGUUUUAUUUGUUUUCAUUGAAUCAUGUCAUGUUAAUAAGUGAAGCUUUUUGUAAUACCUUAUUAAAAGAAAAGUGAACAAACUAGUUAUAUAUUACACCUGCGUUUUUGAUUUUGCAAUGUUCUCAAACCAAGCUGUAUAAUAUUUAGGUUCAUUGCACCUGUAUGAAAUAGUUGACUUUUCACAGUGAUGGUAUGAUUUACAGUGAAACCACACCAUAAAAAUAUUUAUACAUCUUUGUUUACCAUGUCAGACCAAAAUAAAGACCAAACUAGUUGUGUUUUUUUUUAA